AUGGAUUCAUCCGAUGAUCUUCUCGAUGAACGUAAACAACGUAAAUUAGCGCAAAUGUCACGACGAGAUGAAGAACGUAAAUUGGAUCUUCAAAAUAAACAAGACGAGCGCAAGUUAGUAACAGCUACGAACGUCGGAAGAAAAUUCUUCGAACAAGAAUAUCCUCCGAUGAAAAGCGAAAUUGAAGAUUUAUUCAGUAAAUUAUCCAUGAGUAACGAUGAGAAGAUUCAAGAAAUCGCUGAUCGAUUGCAAAAAAUGGAGAAAUUCAUUACUGAACAUGUAGACAUUCUAAGUUCACGUGAUGUGGCCAAUGCACAAACCGAUGUGAUCAAACUUCGUACGCAGUUAAACUCCUUACAAGUCGAUAGUCUUUCAUCCACCCAUCGAAUAGACUUUGCUAAAACUCACGACGAACAUAUUCAACACGAACAAUUAGAAGAAUCAUCGAAAGCUGUUUCUUCACCAUCGAACCUGACCGUUUCGGCCAAUACGAUCAACAUUGCCGACAAAAGCAAUGAACUAAUCCGUUUGGAAGCAUCCGAUUUGAAUGGAAAAGAUGUUGCUAUCGAGAAUUUAAAACAAUGCGAAGUCUUUCUUAAGGGCAGUCCUUCUUCGUUGCAAAUAAAAAAUCUCCAUGCUUGUAUACUUAUCGUUGGUCCAUGCUUACGUUCAGUUCUUAUCGAUCAAUGUCAACAAUGUGAAUUCGCAUUAGCUUGUCAACAACUACGUGUACAUACGAGUACCGAAUGUGAUUUUUACGUUCAUAUAACUGCUCAACCAAUCAUCGAAGAUUGCCAUAACUUAAGAUUUGCACCGUAUAACGUGGAAUACAAGUUAAAGGAUGAGCAAGUGAAAGCGAGUGGGCUGAUCUGGACAAAAGACUAUUGGAAUGACGUUCGAGACUUUAAUCAUAUGAUUCCGGGAAUGCCGUCGCCCAAUUGGGAGAUCAUUGCUGAAGAAGAGAGAAAAGAAUGGUCGUUGGAUUAA